AUGGCCCCGGCAAACCCCCGCAAACGCAAAUCAGACGAAAUGGAGGACCCUCCUCGCGCCACCACGCCUACGGGGCGUUCUGCACCGAAGAAGAUGAGAAUCACAAACUCGCAAAAGCAGGCCUUGAUCGAUAAUCUGCAACUCGAAAUAACGGAACGUGCCCGUCAACUGCGCGCAGGAUAUGCGCUUCAAUGCGCCGACCUUCGAGCCAGAAUCGAAAGACGGGUCAAUCGCAUCCCCAUCUCAAUUCGAAAAAUGACCAUGGGGGAAUUGAUGGAACAACACGAGGCCGCCAAAUGGACCCAGGCCACUCCUCGACAAUCACCCUCCAAACAAGCCGUCCCGGUUGACGUUGCCGUGUCCAAGGAAAGACCGCUGCCACCGCUGCCUCAACAAGAAACAACCCAUCCAUCGUCGCCCGCCCGACCGCGGUCUCAACCCACAGCCACGAGAAGCCGGAAACGCCAGAGUCCGAGGAUACGAAUUGCCGCGGAUCAAGAGAAUGAAACAGCCGAAGCUCCAGACACCCUUCCCAUAGCAAAAAACAACAACAAACGCGGCAAAGCCGCACCCGCCCGAGCAGCUCCAAGAACCGCAAAACAGACAUCGGUCUUAUCUCCGAGAUCCCACAACUCCAGAACUCUGCCACGUUCUCCUGUCAAAGACCGCGCAGCGGGCUCUACCUCUCCUGCGAAGAGCGUGAUUACCCGACCCGUCUCUCCGCUGAAACCAGCCUCACCGCUCAAGACCGCUGCAACCGCAGCUACCUCCGCCAUCUCAGCUUCCGUCCAUGGCAUGAUCGAGCAUGCCAAGCGGGGCACCGCAUCGAAAAUGACUCGCACGGCGUCCAAGGAGAAACCAACCACAACCACGACGCAGGGCCCAAUGCUCCCACCACCACGGCCGUUACCCAGCGCACCAUCUUCGCCACAACGCGCCUUCAGCCAAGCCAGCACCCACAGCGCCUCGACGGACGCGUCCACGGCGUCGGGUCGUACCACGGUGGUGAAGCCAAAGCGCGGUCGCGCCGCAGCAGCAUCCGCUGCACCGAAGAUCGCGGAGCAAAAGAGCCCCAAGACCGCCAAGAGAGGUGUGGCGAAAGCUGCGAAUGCAGCGAAGACCACCUUGACGAGGAAUACAACCACGGCCAACAAGAAGGUGGUAGUUGCUGAACCCGCUGCCGGACGGAGGGUUCUAAGGAAGAGAACUUGA